AGGUCCUCUAAGGCAGCAGCCUCUUUCCUACACACGGUGUUUCUGGGAAAGAAAAACAGAACUUCGCCCAGAUGAAGAGAACCCACCUGUUUGUGGUGGCGGUCUACCUGCUGUCCUCCUGCAGGGCAGAGGAGGGGCUGAACUUCCCCACCUACGACGGCAGGGACCGCGUGGUCAGUCUAACCGAGAAGAACUUCAAGCAGGUUUUGAAGAAAUACGACUUGCUUUGCCUCUACUACCAUGAGCCCUUGUCUUCAGAUAAAGUCGCGCAGAAACAGUUCCAACUGAAAGAAAUCGUGCUGGAGCUUGUGGCCCAAGUCCUGGAACAUAAAGACAUAGGCUUUGUGAUGGUGGAUGCCAAGAAAGAAGCCAAGCUUGCCAAGAAACUGGGUUUUGAUGAAGAAGGAAGUCUGUAUGUUCUUAAGGGUGAUCGCACAAUUGAGUUUGAUGGCGAGUUUGCAGCUGAUGUCUUGGUGGAGUUUCUCUUGGACCUCAUUGAAGACCCAGUGGAGAUCAUCAACAGCAAACUGGAAGUCCAAGCCUUUGAGCGCAUUGAGGACCACAUCAAACUCAUCGGCUUUUUCAAGAGUGAGGACUCAGAGUAUUACAAGGCUUUUGAAGAGGCAGCUGAACAUUUCCAGCCGUACAUCAAAUUUUUUGCUACUUUCGACAAAGGGGUUGCAAAGAAAUUGUCCUUGAAGAUGAAUGAGGUUGACUUCUAUGAGCCAUUUAUGGACGAGCCCAUUGCCAUCCCUGACAAACCCUACACAGAAGAGGAGCUUGUGGAGUUUGUGAAGGAGCACCAAAGACCCACUCUACGUCGCUUGCGCCCAGAAGAUAUGUUUGAAACAUGGGAAGAUGAUUUGAACGGGAUCCACAUUGUGGCCUUUGCGGAGAGAAGUGAUCCAGAUGGCUAUGAGUUCCUGGAGAUCCUGAAGCAGGUUGCUCGGGACAACACGGACAACCCUGACCUGAGCAUUGUAUGGAUCGACCCAGAUGACUUUCCUCUGCUUGUUGCUUAUUGGGAAAAGACUUUCAAGAUUGACCUAUUCAAGCCACAGAUUGGAGUGGUGAAUGUUACAGAUGCUGACAGUGUCUGGAUGGAGAUUCCAGAUGGUGAUGACCUGCCCACAGCUGAGGAGCUGGAAGACUGGAUUGAGGAUGUGCUUUCUGGGAAGAUAAACACUGAGGAUGAUGACAACGAAGAUGAAGAGGAUGAAGAGGCUGACGACGACGAUGAUGAUGAUGACAAUGACAAUUCCGACGAAGAGGAUGAUGAUGACAGUGAUGACGAUGAUGACUAG